AUGGGUUUUGGUGAUUUAAAAUCUGAAUCCGGUAUCAAAUCUUUGAAUGAUUACCUCGCCAAACGUAGUUAUAUCGAAGGCUAUGAGCCAUCCCAGGCUGAUUCUGUUGUGUUCUCUUGUUUAUCUGGACCACCUGAUGUAAAUAUGUUCCAUGUUAGACGUUGGUAUAAUCAUAUAGCAUCUUAUGGUGCUGAAACUGCAAAAUUCCCAGGUGAAAAAAAAGAUGUCAAUGCUUAUGGAGAUGUUACAUCUGUUCCGGCCCAAUCCUCGGCUCCUGAUGAGGAUGAUGACAUUGAUUUGUUUGGCUCUGAUGAUGAUGAGGAAUGUGAAAAACUAAGGCAGCAGAGAUUAGCUGAAUAUGCUGAGAAGAAAGCAAAAAAGCCAGCUCUGAUUGCCAAAAGCAAUAUCAUUUUGGAUGUGAAGCCAUGGGAUGAUGAAACUGACAUGCAAAAGAUGGAAGAAUGUGUACGAUCCAUUCAAACAGAUGGGCUUUUGUGGGGUGCAUCCAAGCUCCUUCCAGUUGGUUAUGGUAUCAAGAAGCUACAAAUUUGCUGUGUUGUUGAAGAUGAUAAAGUUGGUACAGAUUUUCUUGAGGAAGAAAUCACCAAAUUUGAAGAUUAUGUUCAAUCAGUUGAUGUAGCUGCAUUUCAGAAGAUUUAA